GGCGACAGAAGGCGUUUCCCAUGAUUUAGAUUUAAGGAUGCCUCUCUCACGCUGUUUCCUCACUCAGACUGCCGGUCUCCCUGCAAGGCAACUGGCGGGAGGGAUUCCCCUGCUCGUCGCCUCUCUGUCUUCCCCGUUCAAAACAGCUUCCAAUCAGUCACAACUAGCUCCAUUUUUUUUUCUCUUUCUCUUUUCCUUUUUUUUUUUUUUUUUUUUUGUAUGCUUUUCUUUUCCACCGGCGCGCCCAAUCUAGCGGCGGCAUGUCCCGGAGCCAAAGUGCGGCGUGCGGUGCGGAGCAGAAACUUUGAAACACUUCUGACGAGGGGAUUUUAUUCCUACCAGAUUCAGUGCAGUCCGCGGCAAGAAGAAUUAAGAGUCGAUUCUAACUGAUGAGGCAGCCUCCAAAUGACGUCGAGAUGGCUUGUGGCACGCUUCUCCCAUCUAUUUCCACGUUUGCCAGCGGACCAACUGACAAGAGCAGACCCAUAGGAGGUGCUUAUCUGAAAUGGAAGGAGGAGUUGUCCCAUCUUAAGAGACCAAGUGUGCCGGAGAGAAGCAGCUGCUGCGACCCAGACCACCCCACAGCCACCAGCAUAACAAGCACCAGCAUGUCCAAGAAGGACACUGAGCCAGAUCUGGACUUGGACUAUGAUUUUAUUUUGUCCAAUUCCAUCUUGCAGCAGCAGCAGCAGCAACAGCAACAGCAGGAGGACGCCAUGGGGUGCAGCUCUGCCCAGGCCAUGUCGUCUUCCCCAGGUUCCUUCACCUCAUCUUACCAACUUCCUUCUCCUCAAGACACUGCCAGCGAGCUGCUCUACACCAUCCCAGACAUCAGUGAUGUUUCGCCCUCUGGAGGCUUUGUGGCAGAACUCAUGAGGCCUGAUUUGGACCCAGCAUACCUCCACCCCCCUAGCCUCCAUGGCAAGUUUGUAGUCAAGACAACAAUGGACAUGGGAGAGUACAGCCAAAGCAUGACUGUAGGCAAGGCCUGCGUCGGCACGGCAUCGGACUCUGCUCCGUCGCGGGUCUCACCGUCCUUCGUGUGCAGCCGGAUAAAGCAGGAGAAUCCCAGUAACUGCACCAUUUCACAGCCCAUCGACCUGCACUUGGCAGGGGUGAACUCUCAUGGCCGGGCAGGCCAGCAACAGCGCCCCAGCAACUUGGAUCUUCACGCAUUUUCAGGGAAUGGGAGGACCAUGACCAGCACUAGAUUGUCUUCGUCCUCGUCCCUUUCUCCAGACAAUCCUCUUGGCCGGGAGCACCAAUUGGGCCACCCUCUCUCUCAGAUCCCGCUACCUCCGCAGGGGUACCACCAUGGUACCUCUCAGGGCUACACCUCCUACCCUCAGGGCUCGUCCAUGCAGUACCCAGAGGGUCUCAUGAUCUCCAGCGGGGACUGCUUGCCCGAGGAGCCGAAGCCCAAACGCGGUAGGCGCUCCUGGCCCAGGAAGAGGGUGGCGACGCACACGUGCGACUACGUUGGCUGUGGCAAAACGUACACAAAGAGCUCCCACCUGAAAGCACACCACCGCACACACACAGGGGAGAAGCCUUACCACUGCGACUGGGAGGGCUGCGGCUGGAAGUUUGCACGUUCUGAUGAGCUCACUCGCCACUACAGGAAACACACGGGUCAUCGGCCUUUCCAGUGCCAGAAAUGCGACCGGGCCUUCUCCAGGUCGGACCACCUUGCUCUCCACAUGAAGAGACACCUAUGAGACGCAGACAAGACGACAAAAGUUGAAGGCCACAGUAUAUAUAUAUAUAUAUAUAUAUCUGUCUGCAGAAUCCCGAGCAUUUUUUUUUUUUUUUUAACCAAUACUUGCCUUCAAGCUGACGUCGAGCAGCAAGACAUGCUGUGGUGUUCAUGGCACAAAAAAAAAAAGCAUUACUCCUUUAAGAGCCCCACUCACGUUGUGCAGGUGACUCGACGAGGCCUCAAAGCCAGGGUUGUAAAACCUUAUUAUAAAACAAAACAAAACAAAACAAAAAAAAAACACAAAGGGACCAAACUGGAAUUUGUCUUAUUUAACCGACAAAACUUGGUGGACCAGGUGCCAGCGGAUUUUAACUGGAAAAUUCAGGGAAACCAGGAGCAACAGACAAAGCAUCUCCAGAGGCCUUCUAGCAGCGAGCAACACACCAUCGCAGACUUUACUCCUAAUACACACUGUUAAAACAAACUGUAUUAAUAAACACAGCGAUAUUUAUCAUCCCAUUUCACCUGCAAAGCCAUUUAUUUUCAGGUACAAUGUUAAUUUAUACAGAAUGGUGCUGAGUAAUAGAGAAGGUUUCUUUUAGAAA